AUGGCAAAGAAAGGACACCGGGCGCAACGCAGCGCGAGGAGAGGCCGCGGCGGCCGCGGUGGGCGCCAGGGCACCCGUCAGGGCACCAGGCCGGCGCCUGUGGUGCGCAGGGGCCGUUCGCACGGCGAGUUCAUCGAGCUGAUGGAUCUGCAGGCCGGCCACAUGGUUAGGGAAGUCGAGUUCACGGGCCGCCACCGCGAGGAGACGCUGAAACGGCCGCUGCGCAAGCUGCCGAUGGAAUUUGUGAAGGCGUGCGAGGUGUAUGACCCGCGCCAGUUGCUGAAGGGGGUGCGAGGAAUGCACCUGGAGGGAGAGACAGAGGAGACAGAGGAGACAGAAGAAGAGGGAGAGGAACUGAUAGAAGGAAGUGAAGAAGAGGAAGAAGAGGGAGAGAAGGAGGGAGAAAAAUUAGGAGAAGAAUCAGAGGGACAAUUAGAGGAGGAGGAGCCAGCAGAGCUGGGAGAACUAGAUGAGAGUGAACAAGAGCAGGAGUUAGACAAUGAAAAUUACCAAAACAUUCCCCAUGACCCCCAUUACCCCCACAUACCCCCACAUGAGACCCACGGAGAGCUGCCCGAGUCCGACGACGAGGGGGAAGAAUUAUACAACAUCGACAACGACGAGGGCUCAUUCAUCGAGUCGGACGCCAGCGCUUCAGAUGUAUCCUCUCGUGAGGGCCCCCUGCCGUUUGGCUACGAUGCCGACGAUUAUGCGUUUAAUGUGAAUCUCCUGCGUAUCGACAACGUCCGCUACGGCGCGGCUACCACGCAGUACUACGCCCACUGCGCUUUUCUGGACGACGAAAUGCAGUGGUUCGACAAGGAAGACCUUGCUGACCUGCUGGUGGACCAGGGGUUGCCGGAACACCGCGUGGAUGCAUUUUUUGAGUACGCCACAGAGCACCUUCGCGAGCCCGAGCAGCCGUUGGAGCCGGUCUCGAGCGACGACGAUUCCGACGGGUCGGGCGUCGACGAGAUGGUGGCGUUCUACUCGUCGCGUGUGAUCAACGACCCAAUUGAGCUGGAGGUGCCGACGGCGUCGUUGCAGACGACCGGCAAGGGCCGCAAGAAACGGCUAGUGCUGGACGAAGAUAUGGACGAGGAUCUGCGGCAGACGCUGCUGGAGAGCUUUUCGAAGCGGCACCGCUCGAAGGAGAAGCCCCGCAGCGUCUCGAACGGCACCGGCGAGCUGCUGGCCAAGUACCCAUUUGAGGUGCACGUGCGCGACAUGAAGCACGAGUACGAUCUUUUCUACCACGACGCGGGCCGCGAGACGCUGCAGUGGCCACCGCUGGACCCGCACGGUCUGCGCACGCUGCGAAAACUGGCGGAGUGCUACAACCUCAAGCCGCGCAGUCUGGGAAACGGGCCAAAAACACACCUGGUGGCUAUCAAGACGAAGCACACGUACAAACGCGUGCCGAACUACUCGCAGGUUGCGCGGAUAUUGAAACAGAGGCCGAUCUUCCGGCGCACAGACGUGCACCUAUCGAAAGACGAGAUCAUGGAGUUGAAGAACAAGCGCAAAAAGAGCAGCAAGGAGCACGGCCAGGGCCGCAAGUGGGCGCCGCGCGAGGGCGACGUGGUGGCGGCGACGGCGCCGGAGAUCAGCGCGGACAACGUGGGGCGGCAGCUGCUGGAGAAGAUGGGGUGGCAGAAGGGCAGUGCGCUGGGCAAGACCAACAGCGGUAUCAUAGAGCCGAUCCAGGCGACAGUGAAGCUGACGAAACAGGGAAUCGGCAGCGCUCACACGCAAAAAUAG